AUGUCCUCGCUUCCCACUUCCGGUGUCACUAUUCUCUAUAACCCGCAAUGCACCAAAUGUCGUAAUACCAAGGCAUUUCUCGAAGAUGAGCAACCCAAGUGCGAAUUCUCAGUCGAGGUGAUUCAAUAUAAAAAGUCGCCACCAACACGCGAGACUCUGCAGGCUCUGGUUGACUAUUUGGGUAUGAACAAGGAAGGUACUGCUGAUCAUCCUUGGAAGGAAGACAGGCCAUGGGAUUAUCUUUUGCGUCCAGAGGCUCAAGGCAAGGUGUCUUCUUUUGAGGAGGCAUUUGACCUUAUUGAACAAGAUCCAGCAAUGCUUGAGCGCCCUUUUGUAAUUGAUUGGGAUCAUAAAGUAGCCGUUCUUGGACGCCCUGAUAUGAGUCGUGUAGAAAAGAUGAUUGCAGCUUACAAAUAA